AUGGCGUAUUACCAACCGUACGAUCCUUUCUACGUCUAUCAUCCUCAUCCUCUUCCGCAGCAGCUGCCACAGUUCUCCGACGAACCUGGGGCGAUUAACACGCUCUUUGUCUCUGGUUUGCCUAACGACGUUAAGGCCCGUGAGAUCCACAAUCUUUUCCGGCGACGACCCGGGUUCGAGUCUUGUCAGCUCAAGUACACUGGACGCGGAGACCAGGUUGUUGCAUUUGCUACAUUCUCGAGUCAUGGAUUCGCUAUGGCUGCAAUGAAUGAGCUAAAUGGUGUGAAAUUUGAUCCUCAAACAGGAUCAACUUUACAUAUAGAAGUAGCUAGAUCAAACUCUAGAAGAAAAGAAAGGCCAGGAAGUGGGCCUUAUGUUGUAAUUGAUAACCGAAACAAGAAACCGUCUACUCAGGACGACCAGAGUGAUGAAGGGGAUAGUGAUCCUGAUGAGGUACAUGAACCUGGAAGUAGCGAUUCGUCAAAGGAAAACGAUAAUGCCAAAAGCGAAGCGGACUCUGAUCCAGAUAGUAAAGCACCAUCUGCUAAUGGGCAAUUGGAAAAAUCAUCUGAAAGAGGUUCUGGUGCUCGACCAUGUUCGACCUUGUUUAUAGCUAAUCUAGGGCCAAAUUGUACAGAAGAUGAACUUAAACAACUCCUAUCUAGCUAUCCUGGUUUCAACAUCCUGAAAAUCCGAGCAAGAGGUGGAAUGCCUGUUGCAUUUGCUGAUUUUGAGGAAAUCGAACAAGCUUCUGAUGUCAUGAAUGAUCUUCAAGGCUACCUCUUAUCAUCUUCAGACCGAGGCGGGAUGCAUAUAGAAUAUGCAAGAUCCAAGAUGAGGAAACAGUAG